AUGUCAGUAUUGGGAGCUUACCUGUUGUUAUUAGCGCUAUUCUACAGGGAUGGGAUGAGACUGACCGCGAGCGGUUUGGCUGCCGCGGGCCAGAUGGCUCAGCGCGCUGACGACGAUGUUGUAGACUUUAUUGUUAAGGGCGCACCAUACCAGCAAGUGGUUCAACAAAUUCAUCAGUACCAGACAGCAUCAGUCUACUCAUCAGGUAUGUAUUCGCCAAUCAGUUUAGAGAUGGAAGGUUGCUCCUGGUUUUAAAUAAAGUUAUUUAAAGUGUGUGGUGUUAAAAUAAUAUUGUGUAAACUGUAUAGAUAGCCAGCAAACUAUCAUUUAAUCUCAUAAAUGAUGAUAAUAAUAAUGAUCAUUUUACAUCUUUAGAUAUCUUAAAUGUGCAUAGUAUGCCAUACUUGCAGGAUAGGCCUACAGGUGAGGCAGCACAGGUUUGGUAUAUUUUUUUCAUACCCAUAUUUUUUCCCUUCAGAGAACCUUUGAAUGAGAGACUCAGUUUAAAUUGCGGUAGAAGCCCCAUUAGGUGUGCUGUAAGCCAAAUAUACCACAAUACAAGACAUGCUGUGUACUGCAUGCCUAUCUCCAUCUGCUGUUUAUUAGUCAGCAAGCACAGUGAAGAAUCUUUGGGAAAUGUCUGCCUAUAACUGUAUUUGGCCAGUUUUUACAUUAGCUUAUAAUGUAAUUCAGAGUAUGAAUUAACUAAAAUGAACAGAUCAUUUCCAAAGCCAAACAUGUUCAUUUUAAUUUAGCUAGUCAUGAUAUUGGUUUGGAGUUUGGACCACCAUUACAGCAUGAUCCAAGGGCCUCAAAGCUUCUACACAGCAGGCUGCCUACUUGUUUACAACGCUGCAUGAAUGACAGGCUUGCAUUCAUAUUUCUGUUCGGAGUCUUUAUGAUUUAUUCAUCAUUGUGUAGGAGUUAAUUCCCAUAAUGCUUAUUCACAUGCACUUCUAGCUCAUUGCGUCCAAUAAGGAACAUUUAUUCACAACAAAAGAACAAAAGGCACCUUCUAUCGCUGUACCAGAUGUUCAGAAGCCUGGUCCCAGAUCUAUUUGUGCUGCUGUCUGGCCUAUUCCUAUGGUCAUUGUUAUGCAUUGGUUGGGCAAGACAGCACAAAGACAUCUAGGACCAGACUAAUGUCCAGUUGCAGGGAUCAGGAAUUUGAUUGUUUGUCCCACAUUGAAGAGGCUAAGACAAGGAUUUUGAUCAUUUUAAUUAUUUGUCAAAUUCCUUCUGGUGUGUCUCCUAACAAGGUCACACUGUUUGCUUGUCCUCUCUCCUUGACAACAUGGCACCCCCUACAAGGUCUUACCAUAAACUAGCCUGGUCCCAGAUCUGUUUGCCAUUGCCGUGACAAUGACCAUAGGGGUUGGUAAGAUGGCACAAACAGAUCUGGGACCAGGCUAACUGUUAGCAUCAAAAUGACCUAAAUCUCAGCACCAUUCCACUUUCCUAUACAUUUCAUUAUGGUGUCUAUAUUAGGACAGUGAUUUGGCUUGGAUUGUCCCGGUGAUGUUGUGCAAUUGUAGAGGGAAUGGCUUAAUCCCAACACAGCAGUGUCUGAACCGGAGCCACAGAGGAUCAGUCUCCACAGGCCCAUCUGCUCCUCCUAUUUGUGUACACACACACAAACACACACACUUUCUUGCAAAAUGUAGGCUAAUUCCCACAGAAACCAUUUAAUUUUCUGUUUCCAAGUCUCAAAAGAUAUUCUACAUAUCAUGUCAUAUGAUUGACGUUACCAACUAUAGCUGGCUCCUCACUCUCCAUUUAAUUUGUGUUUAUAGCAUGUGAUUCCACCUAUCUAUCCAUGUCUGUCAUGUCUAUUGGAAUGAUGACCUCAUAGGCCGGAAACCCCCAUUCUGUCCAAGCCCCUAAAUCUCUCAGAAGUGGGCCCCAAUUCUCCAAACAAGUAGAUUAUAGUAAUCUGGUAUUAUUCACCUCCACACUGCAGAUUAAUCAGGCCCUUCUGUCCUGUUGGCCCACUAAGACUGCAUGGUUGAACAUGAGUGUGAAGUGGCUGUAGGGCAGGCUUCUUCCCCUCCUUAUCUCUCCUUCAUCUCUACUGAUCUGAAAACUGCAGGAUAGUUGAUAGUGAUGUAAUAUAUACCUACCCAGAGACUUAUUGUCACCUGUCCUCCUCUAUAAAAUCAGCCCAAAGGAAGGAUUUGACAACUGGACAAUAUCUUUAUUAGCCUGUUUGCUGAUGUAGCAUAAUGUUAUCUUUCAGACAUUGUUAUAUAUUCUCAAUAAUUGGCCAAAUUGAGUGUCUGCAUCACAUAGGACCAUAUAAUAGACAUCCACUAGGAAAUCCUCAAAUACGUUUUGUUUAGUGUUCUUAAUAAGGCAUAUUUUGCUUUAAUCAGGACUAUAUCAUUGCUUAAAAAAUUGCCAAUCAGUGUUUUUUUCUACAUUACAGUAUCGAAUUGUAAAAAGUAAGAAGAUUUUAUCAUUGAACUGAAUUUAUCCUUUGGUUUCUCCAGGCUCUGAAUUCACUCUGAAGGUCCAGGUCAAUGACAUGUCAACCCGCCACGUCCUGAGCCUAGCCACAGUGGAGGUGUAUGUGAACUACACCAGGACCAACUCUGCUCUCACCACUGAGGACGGUAUAGUUUUUCUUCAUGUGCCAUACCAACUGGGGUUACCCCUCACCAUCGUGGCUAGCAUGGAUAGCUACCUUCUCACCCUGCUGCCCUGGAAAACCACCAGGAUACCAAGUAAGUGUGUGUGGUGUGUGUAUACUCUUCGUGGCGGCUUGUCAUUGCAGUAGUAUACAGUAGCUGUUGAAUUCUAAUGUGAGAUCGCCAUCUAGUUUCUCAAUAUAACAACUACACACAGUGACAGUGUGGGGAGCAAGUCAAGCAAGUGCCUAUGGAAAGUUUCACCAUGCCUUUUCUCUUCUGAUUUAUUGCAGUAUUUUCAGCUGUGACCAUGUCCCUGUUGUCCAUAAACCAAGGCAACAUCUGGUGGUUUGAAGAUUCAGUUCUGAUAACUGGCAAAACAUAUGGUAUGUAUGUUGUGUCUUUAUCGUCUGAUUUACUUUCCUAUUAUCCAUUCUAUGAAGCUUUAUUUACACUCUUAGAAAAAAAGCUAUCUAGAACCUAAAAGGGUUCUUCGGCUGUCCACAUAGGAGAACCCUUUCAAGAACUCUUUUUGGUUCCAGGUAGAACCCUUUUUGAGUUCCAUGUAGAACCCUCUGUGUAAAAGGUUCUAUAUGGAACCCAAAAUAGUUCUACCUGGAACCAAAAAGGGUUCUACCUGGAACCAAAAAGGGUUAUUCUAUGGGGACAGCCGAAGAACCCUUUUGGAACCCUUUUUUCUAAGAGUGUAGGGGUAGCUACUCUUAUUCAUAGGUCCUAGUUCUUGAACACAAGCUAAACAUUGCCUUGUUUUUGUAAUUUAUCUUCUUAAUAACCAUAUGUCUUUUCAUUUGUAGAUGCCUUGUCUCAGCCCAGGAUCCAGUUCCCUAAGAGUCUCCUGAACCUGACAGACAGAAGAAGCCUCUCCUCUGUCAGAGCUUACCUUACAACACCUCAGCCUCCCGUUGGGAAAGACUGCUAUGCCUACACCACUGGCCUACUCAUCAACCAGUCAGGUGUGUGUGUUUGUACAGCUUUUCCAAACCACAUUCGGAGGGAGGUACAGAGCAAGAGACAACGACCUACAAAUUAGCAAUACCCAAAUGAUAAGACCUUUUGCAUCGAACUUUUGUAUUUGAAAGGUUUUAAAGUGUUUUGUGUUUCAGGAUACAGCAGCAUUGAGUUGAGCCCUGUAGCAGCUGUCAGUGCUCAGCUCUUGUCCAAUGGCAGAGAGAUCCAGGUGACCGGGCCAGUACAGAUCACUCUACCCCUGGGGGACAACUCUGGACUGCAGGCCUCUCAUGCUGUGCCAGCCUGGUCCUUUGACCAUACUACUGGUGGGUGUAGCACAUUAGAGGCUGCUGCUGCCUAUUGAAAUCACUGGCCACUUUAAGAAAUGGAAUACUCGUCACUUUAAUAAUGUUUACAUAUCUUGCAUUACUCAUCUCUUAUGUAUAUACUGUAUUCUAUAAUAUUCUACUGUAUCUUAGUCCAUGCCGCUCUGUCAUUGCUCGUCUGUAUAUGUAUAUAUUCUUAAUUCCAUUCCUUACUUAGAUUUGUGUGUAUUGGGUAUAUGUUGUGAAAUUUUUAGAUAUUACUUGUUAGAUAUUACUGCACUGUCGGAGCUAGAAGCACAAGCAUUUUGCUACACCCGCAAUAACAUCUGCUAAACACAUGUAUGUGACAAAUCAAAUUUGAUUUGAUUUGUAGAGGUUUUUUUGGGAAGUUGCCCCUAGACAAUGAUCUAAGGUCAGUUUUAAAUGUUCCCCUCUAAUGGUUAAGGUUAGGAUUUGGGGAAGGAAGGCUGACCCUAGAUCAGUAGUUAAUACAUGUCUUCAACACGUGUGUCAUCAUCAAUAUUAUUCAGGUGCCUGGAUGAACAGAGGACUGGGAAUGGUGAAGAUGGAGGAGGGGAAGUUGUUUUGGACCUUCAUGGCUCCUCAUCUAGGCUACUGGAUAGCAGCACCCAUGCAUUCGAUCCGGAGUAUGUACUGUAUGAUAGGUAGCCGUUUCCAAAUCAACAAAAUAUUUAUGUGACCAUUAAGAACUCCUUAAAACUUCAAAUCUUAAAACGUACCUCUGUUUAUUGUAUUAUUUGAUUAAUUUUGGACCAGAAUGCAAUUCAACCAUUGCCAGAUAUAUUGAACUAUACAUUAUUUAUACCUAGUGGUCAUUUCCAGCAAGCGGAUUGUUUAUUGUUGUUUAUUGUUCUAUACGAUUUAUUUUCUUGUGCUCUCAUAACGCUCUCCAACCUUUUAACCAGACUCCUAUGUGCUAAUGUUAUAGGUUACAUGGGACAUGCCACCCCUAUGGAUUUCAUCUCCCACCAGAGCUCCUCGAUCAUGGCUGUGCUGGGAGGAACUCUUGUCUUCCUCGUUGGAGUUUUAGCAAUGAUGCUCUGUUGUCGAAGGUAAAAGAUGGAUUCAUUUUGUUGUUACCUCACUAAUCUGUUAUUGUGAAGAUGUUAAUGGGCCAGACUAGCCAAGUGAAUUGACAAAUCUACUGUGUCAUCAAACUGUUCAUCGAUAUUUUGUUUCACAUUAGAAUUUUAGUCUAAAUGGCAAAAUAUAGUCAUCUUUUAAUGAUGUCAACCGAUGGUAUGAGCUGAUAUCAACUGAUUGUAUAUACCAUAGUGAUAGUGACCAUUUGAAGCUGAUCAACCGAUUAAUGGUGGUGUGAUGUUGGAUGUCCUAAGAGAGGUCUCUGUUUCGAUCCACAGACGUCCUUCUAGUGAACCCAAGACAAAGAGGAUCCACACCACCAAAAUGGCGUCGUUGAAGAGGGACCAAACCACCUCGACGAAUGACAACCAACUCUGCGAAGUGUCUUCUCAAGACUCCACCCACUCUGAAGACGUAUCCCACCAAUCAUUAACAGCAAGGAGGGGCGAUGGUCAAUCGGACGAUUCAGCCACUUCCAAGUACAAUGGCGACUUCAACAUCUAUAUUGAGGGUACAGAUCUUAUUGGUCCAGAGUCCUCCAGGCCUUUGCAGCAGGCCCUUCUUAUCAACAGCAGUGACAUUCUGUGUCCACGGGACAUUUCUGAGCAGAUAAAUCUACCUCUCUCUCUCAAUGAGAGCUUGUUCCUCCAGGACAGACUCCUCCACUUCCACAACCAACCUGUGUCUAUCCGCCAUGCUCCGGGGCUUAGGAGCUCACCAGAGCAGCCCUCUCCGGGAUGCAGGUCUGCCACCCUGCCCCGAACAGGUGGGGCGUACGACCCAGGGCAAGGACAGUCUGUGGGCAAGGACAACCUCACCCAGACUCUACCCAAGGCCCCUCUGGCCACUCUGGAGCACUCCCAGGGGCAUGGCAGGGGGAUGCAGCCAAGGGGUCUGGAGGGGCUUCAAGGGGACCCGUCCACCUUCAACCCAGAGUCCCGGGGCCACUACUACAGCAGCCUCCCAGAGUCCAUCUCAGUUCCCGGCACGCUGAAUGAGGCCAGAGGAAGAGGAGGGCACCGUCGUGGGGGUGGGCGUCCCUUUUCCAGCGAGCUCCAGGGAGCAGACCAGAAUUCAGAGCAUACCCUGUCGGAGCUCACCAUGACCAGGGCCAGGCCCUCUCCUCUCGCCCCGCGGGCAUGGUUUGUAUCCCUUGAGGGCAAACCGGCCGCAGAGAUCUGCCGCAACUCUUCCUCCGUCACGGACUCCAAGAGAAAACGCAGGGCAGCGGGGGACAGCCGUGACACCAGCCUUGACUCCGGAGUGGAUAUGAGCGAGCCCAACAACCAGCCAACUGGUGGGAAUAGGCAGAUGACGCUGGAUCGUAGUGGCACCUUUGUCAAGAGAGCCACGCCCCAUAUUAAGACCCUCCUUCUCGUCUCCGGUGAGGAAGUGAACAAUGGGUGCAGCGGGAAAGGCACCAUGGGCGGCCAGACCCCCGAUAAUGACGCCCCCCUGGGGACCGUCCUGGAUGUAAGUGGUGCUAGUGGAACUGCUACCAACAUCUCAGAGGAGACAGUGGAGGGGCUGAGUACUUGCCCCGAGAGACACUGA